AUGACGGGCGCGGCGGGCGGCGGCGGCGGCGGCCGCGGGAGCAGCCGGCGUGCGGCGGCCGGCAAGGAGGGCGGGCGGUCGCGGAGCGCCCAGCCGCGGGCGGCGGGCGGCGGCGGCGGGAGCGGCGGGGGCUCGGAGGAGGAGGAGCAGGAGCAGCAGCGGGACGGCGGCUCGCCCUUCCUGGUGAACAAGAGCGGCUUCCCCAUGGACGGGCAGACCUGGGAGCGGAUGUGGGGCCACGUGGAGCGGGUGCACCCCGACGGCGGGGCCGUGGCGGCGGCCAUCCGGAGCGCCGCCCGCCUGGCCCGGCCCUCAGUGCCGCCAGUGCCAAACUACAAGCUCUCCAUGUCAAUCCCAGAAUGGCUCCAGGCAAUACAGACCUACAUGAAGAUGCUGCAAUACAAUCACACGGGAACACAGUUCUUCGAGAUCAGAAAAACCAGACCUCUGAGUGGGUUAAUGGAGACAGCAAAAGAAAUGACCAGGGAGUCCUUACCUAUCAAAUGCCUUGAAGCAGUUAUCCUGGGGAUCUACUUAACAAAUGGGCAGCCCUCCGUGGAACGAUUCCCCAUCAGCUUUAAAACCCAUUUCUCAGGGAACUAUUUUCAUCACGUGGUGCUUGGGAUUUACUGCAACGGCCGCUACGGCUCGCUGGGCAUGAGCAGGCGAUCGGAUCUGAUGGACAAACCUCUCACUUACCGAACUCUGAGCGACCUCGUCUUCGAAUUUGAAGACUCCUAUAAAAAGUACUUGCAUUCAGUCAAAAAAGUCAAAAUUGGAUUGUACGUCCCGCACGAGCCGCACAGCUUCCAGCCCAUCGAGUGGAAACAGCUGGUCCUCAAUGUGUCCAAAAUGAUGCGCACAGAAGUCAGAAAGGAGCUGGAGAAGUUUGCCAGGGAUAUGAGGAUGAAGAUUCUGAAACCCUCAAGUGCCCAUUCUCCGAUGAAGGAGAGACCCCGGGGUAAGUCGCUGUCCCCUCGCCGGAGGCAAGGCAGCCCUCAGAGACGGGCCUGCAGGAGGGAUAAAUCGCCGGCCGUGCUGGACAAGAAAGGAGACCUGGCUACACUCAACGAGGUGGGCUACCAGCUCCGCAUCUGACACAGCCACCCCCGGACUCCAGAGGGCUUCCCGCUGCUGCCGCUGCACUUUACCUGCACUCCCUCGGAAGGAAAAAGGAAUGGGACUAUUUUUUAACUUAUGUACUCUCACAAUAAAAGUCUGACUUAGAAAAUAGGGGGUAAUUUUAUUUUGGUGGCAGUAUUUAUUUCAAUUUAUAGAAAAGGCAUCAGUGAGGAGAAUCUAAAAUUAGAUUUGCCAGGAUAUGUGAUUUUUUUUAUUCUCUCCCAUCAUGUAGCAGGUGACUCAGUGGUGUGAGUUUCUUCAAAUUUCCCUGUACCAGCGUUAACUGAACUUGGCCUUGUGCUGGGUGGUUGCAUUGGAAUAACUAACAAAUCAUAUUCUUAAUAUUAAGAUGUGCUGGGAUGCAGUGCAAUUAAAAAAAAAUAAUUUUCACUAUAAAUCUUUAAUUCAGCAAUAAAAGCAAGCAGUGAAGAAGUGGCAUAAGUUUUUAAAGUAUCAAUAUUACCUCACUAGACUUAAUAGAUAUGCAAAACUGUCAGUAUUAUUGUUUUCUAACCAAUUUGUACUGUUUCCCAGCAUUACUGGGAGUAUUAAAACAGCACUGGAUGUUUUACUGCCACCUGUAUUAUUAUUUUCUGCAUGUUGCUGAAAGAUGUUAAGCAAUAGUAAUAUGCAACUCUAUUCUUAACACUGACAUCUUGUUAGGCAAGUUAUGAGGUUUGAGGUUUUUUUAAAUGAGAAUUGAUGAAUAAUGAAUUUUUAAACUUUCAUAAUUUUUUAUACUUUUGUCACAAGCUUUUAGUCUUUCUGAACUACACUGCUGAAGCACAAAACGUAGAGAUUGCUGUUUUGUAGAGACAAGUCGGCUUUUUUCUCAUAUAUGUAGUACCUGGAAUAAUGGAAGAACUGUGGGAAUUGCUAACCUGAGACUAUGUGGUUUUCUCUCCACAUUUAUGUGCAAAUUUGAACUUUGUCUUUGAAAGUCUGAGCAGCCUCUGAUGGUGAUGCCUUGACACCUUGUAUUAAAUUAGGCAUAGCAGGCUGAAGUUAAACCUUCUGCUGUGCCAUGCAGGGAGUUUUCCUGCCUGUGUUGUAGUAACAACUGCUUAGUUGGACUUGAAUAAGGAAGUAUGACUGAAAGAGAUGAAAAUCAAGCUUGUCUGCUUCCUCCCUGCUCAGUUGUUUUGUUGUAAGCCUUGGCUAAGGACCUGUGAUGGCCAGCAGUGUUCUCAAGUGCCGUGGUUAAGACUCGCUGGGGCCCACCAUUUGACUUAGUGAAGUUCUCUGGAAGCAUUUGAGUGCUGCAUUCCUGGAAAUGUUUCAUUAGGUGCCUAAAUAUAAACUGGAUUAUUGUACAU